CCUUACAAAGCGUCACGAGUUGCAGGAAUGAUCAUGGGGAGUUGAGAGAGAAUAACAGUUGUUAGCCAACGACGGCUGAAGUUAAUGAAGCAAACUAUUGACAGCUCGGCGAAUUAGCGGGGAGCCACCAUGGCUAACAUCACCAAGAAAGUGUCGUGGUCCAGCCGGGGCGACGACUCUGGUUUGACCGGGGAGGGGACACCGUUACUCAACGGCACCGAGAUACCGAAACCUUCCAGACAGCUGUCCGGAUCAGGCAGUGUAUUUCGCAUAGGCAGAUUCAGCACGGUGGAUUUGGAAGAUGAUAUAACAUCAGAAGAGGACCCUAUUAGGGGCCGACCGAAAGAGAUCCCACACAACGAGAAGCUGCUGUCACUUAAAUAUGAGAGUCUGGAUUAUGACAACAUUGAAAACCAGCUCUUUCUUGAAGAGGAGAGAAGAAUGAGUCACAUGGGUUUCCGCUGUCUGGAGAUCAGUCGUUGGGUAAUCUGCGGUCUGAUUGGCAUUCUAACGGGUCUCAUCGCCUGUUUUAUAGACAUUAUGGUGGAGAAACUGGCUGGGUGCAAAUAUCAAGUUAUUAAAGAGAACAUUGAAAAGUUUACAGAGGUGGGUGGGCUGUCUAUUUCUCUCAUCCUCUGGGCCGUUCUCAACUGUGCCUUCGUCCUGGUGGGGGGCAUCAUGGUUGCGUUUUUUGAGCCAAUAGCAGCUGGAAGUGGUAUUCCUCAGAUAAAAUGUUACCUAAAUGGAGUCAAGAUUCCCAGGGUGGUACGGCUCAAGACGCUGUUGGUGAAAGUGUUGGGCGUUAUAUGUUCAGUAGCUGGCGGUCUUGCUGUUGGAAAGGAAGGUCCCAUGAUUCACUCUGGUGCUGUUGUAGCUGCGGGAGUCUCACAGGGCAGAAGCACCUCCUUAAAACGGGACUUCAAGAUGUUUGAAUACUUCCGGAGAGACACAGAAAAGAGAGACUUUGUUUCUGCUGGAGCUGCUGCUGGAGUUUCUGCUGCUUUUGGGGCACCAGUUGGCGGAGUUUUGUUCUCUCUAGAGGAGGGAGCUUCUUUCUGGAACCAGAUGCUCACAUGGAGGAUAUUCUUUGCCUCCAUGAUCUCCACCUUCACACUGAACUUCUUCCUCAGUAUCUAUCAUGGCAAACCAGGAGACCUUUCCAAUCCAGGUCUCAUUAACUUUGGACGCUUUGAAAGUGAUAGUGUGGCCUAUUACUACUACGAGCUUCCUUUGUUUAUGUGUAUGGGAGCUUUAGGUGGGUUGUUGGGAGCGCUCUUUAAUGCACUCAACUACUGGCUGACUAUCUUCAGGAUCAGGUAUGUGCAUCGCCCAUGUUUGCAAGUGAUGGAGGCCUUGUUGGUGGCUGCUGUGACCGCAACAGUGUCAUUCACCAUGAUUUAUUUUUCCAACGACUGUCAGCCUCUGGGGCCCGAGCACAAUGAGGAGUACCCACUGCAGUUGUUUUGUGCAGAUGGCGAGUAUAAUUCCAUGGCUACAGCAUUUUUUAACACUCCUGAGAGAAGCGUUCGUAGUCUUUUCCACAAUCAGCCAGGAAGUUACAACCCUCUGACGCUGGGUUUGUUUACUCUGACCUAUUUCUUCCUGGCGUGUUGGACAUACGGCCUGGCAGUGUCUGCUGGUGUCUUCAUCCCAUCUCUUCUAAUAGGAGCAGCUUGGGGGAGGCUGUGUGGGAUACUGCUUGCCUCUUUCACUCCCACUAACCCGAUUUGGGCUGAUCCUGGUAAAUAUGCUUUGAUCGGAGCUGCAGCGCAGUUAGGUGGCAUUGUAAGAAUGACUCUCAGUUUGACUGUCAUCAUGGUGGAGGCAACUGGAAACGUCACGUACGGCCUUCCCAUCAUGCUCGUUCUCAUGAUUGCCAAAAUAGUGGGAGACUACUUUGAGGAGGGUUUAUAUGACAUUCACAUCAAGCUGCAGAGUGUUCCCUUCCUGCACUGGGAGGCUCCUGCCACCUCCCACUGGCUGACUGCCAGAGAGGUGAUGAGUUCUCCAGUCACCUGCUUCAACAGGAUAGAGAAGGUGGGAACAAUCGUGGACGUCCUUAGCAACACAUCAACAAAUCACAAUGGCUUCCCUGUUGUCGUGCAGGUUUUGGAUAGUGAUGAGCCAGCAAAACUCUGCGGUCUCAUCCUUCGCUCUCAGCUGAUUGUUCUUCUCAAGCACAAGGUGUUUGUGGAGUUGGCCCGGUCCCGGCUGUCUCAGAGGAAGCUCCAGCUGAAAGACUUCAGGGACGCCUACCCCCGCUUUCCCCCAAUCCAAAGCAUCCACGUCUCCCAGGACGAGAGAGAAUGCAUGAUGGACCUCACUGAGUUUAUGAAUCCAACACCUUACACUGUACCACAGGAUACAUCACUCCCUCGUGUGUUUAAGCUGUUCAGAGCACUAGGACUGAGACACCUGGUGGUGGUAGAUGAUGAGAACAGGGUGAUUGGACUGGUGACAAGGAAGGACUUGGCCAGAUAUCAUCUGGGCAAACAUGGGCUGGAGGAGCUGCAGCUUGCCCAGACAUAGUGUGCCCACAUAUACACGCCCAUAGACUGACCACAUGUUGCCUCAGAAGCUGUUGACCAUCAGUUUGGCAGCCCAGAAGGAUGCUUUCAAGGGCCAAAGAUCUUUUUUUUUUUUUUCUUUUUUUUUUUUGAAUAAUUCUAAAAAACAUCCACCCCUCUGUUAACGCUGAAUGACGGAAUUUGUUUCUAAAGGAUUCAGAUUAAUAGUUUUUCCAGGAUAACUCCAGGAACUGUAUUUUAUUUAAUUAUUCACCAGAUUUUUUGCGCUGAGGCAACAAAUGAUGCUUGACUUUCUUGUCUUUGUUCUUAAUCGUUUGGUUGUUUAGUUGUUUUUCACACACUUUUACAGAGUUUUACAUACACACAACACACACACACGUCUGUGGCCCCAAAUAAAAUUGGACUGGAUCAGUUAGAAUGAAAAUCAAUUUGCUUAUAUUCUAAACAAAUCUGUUUUAAGUUUUGUUAACUUGGAAAAUAUUUUGCGUUGUUAGCCACAGCAUUUAAACCAGUGAUAGAUGAAGUGAAUCACUCAUCUCAGCAGUGUUGUGCUGGGAAACCUUGGGUCCUGGGUUUUAUGUGGAAGUAAUCUUGACACCUACCAAAACACUGUUACAGACUGAGCAUGCUCCCUCAUUGUAACAGACCCCGACUACAUGGAAAAAAUACUCAUGAGCAGCAUGAUAAAUAACCCGAGGUGUUGACCCAACUUCCAAACUUCCAAGUUUUUAAUCCAGUCAAGGAUCCAUGGAACGCAUCGGAUCACCCCUGAGGACCCACUCCCCAACCAUCAGCUCCCAAAGGAUUUUCCUAGUGCAUUUCUACUGUUGUCAGUCCCAUUCUGCCUCCCUACUUUCAUAAACUGUUAAAUGUUAGUUCCUUCAUGAGGUGGUGUAGCUGGAUGCUGUGGAAAUGCAGGUGUACAGGAUGGUAACUUGCUUCAGAUUGGGUGAGACGGGUGUUUUAUAUUCCUGCUGCUGCGCUACAGGAUACUUUGAAGCGUUUUGCUUAGAAAAUCUGAUUGUGAGUUGUCGUGUUCAAGAGCUGGUUUAAAGCACAGUUACCGACCACUGAAGGUUUGCAAUGAUAUCUGUGUUUGUGUAGUUUUGCACUGAAAGACUGCUGUUAUUUAUUGUACUACUUAGAUUGGUACUCAAAGGUACUUUUUCCACCUCUGAGGUUUGCACUUUGACCUGCUACUGAAGACUUCCCACGAGUGUCCCUAUUGGAGCUCUGUAUGAAUGUAAACAAUAGUGUGCCACAUAUCUUCUUUGCUACCCUGACAACACAUUUUUCUUAUUGAUUGUAAUAGUGUCUGUUUGUAUUUCUAACAUUUCAGUCAGCAGUGUUAUCGAUUUCUUUGGGCUUUUAUUGUUUUUACCCUUCCAGAUGUAAACAUGCAAAUGUUGCUCUAUUUUAUAACCACUGGAUAAACCUUUUUGUGAAUGAAUAAAGUUUUAACUAUUA